UGUUGGGGCUCUGGCCCCAUUCCCGCCCCCUGUGUCAACUAGGGUCUCGAAAUGUCGCCGGCCGCACUGUUCACCGACCCGGUGCUCGGUGCUUCCGCUUGGCGACGUGCUGUACACGCACAGGGACUAGCGCGGCCUUAGCCUGACUCACGAUCACAAGUCAGAGACCCCCUUGCAUGCCCCUCCACAAGCUCUGAUCGAUCACAGAGUCCACCGUGUGCGCCACGUUGUUAACUCUCGCUCACUCCAAUCCCGGCAAGGCAAGACAAUACGUCAAUACCGGCGCCAAAUCCCUCGACCACUAACUACUUGUUGGGAUAAAUACAUCGUCGUCGGCGACGAGAUUCCACUGCGGCCGUAGAACGAGAGGCUUGCCUCGAUCUCCCGGCCCUCUAGAGUCUAGAGCAAGCCGCGAGCUGAUCGUCCGAUCCCCAUGGCAGACGAGUGGUGGAGCUCCGCGCGUACCGGCGGCGACGGCGCGUCGGCCUGCUCGACGGUGCGGGGCACGGACCCGGACGCCGCCGAAUCGGUGGCGAGGAGUGCCACCGAGACGGAUUAUUUCCGGCCAACAAGUCUGCACGUCGGCGCCGCUGCCGCCGCCUCGCCGCCGUCCUUCAUCGCCGAUCCAGCCCCCCUCAUGGUGGAUUGGACGCAAGCCUACGUGGGCGGCAGAGCGGCUGGCGCAGAGGCGACGAACAGCUUCAACGCGCUCCUCCAACUCCACGGAGACGACGACACGGGUCGCCACUUCCUGCUCGAUCGAUGUCAACAGCCCGACGUCGUCGACGGCGCGGCGUCCGUGGAACAAGCGGCGGCGGCGUCGCGGAGCGCGCCCCUGUACGCGGACAAACAGUACUCCAGCUACGGCGACGUGCCGGCGACGCUGAUGACGAGGCCGUUCUCGCCGCCGCCGCCGCAGCAGCAGCAGCACUUCUCCGGCUUGUUUGGCCCGUCGACGCGGAAUUUCAGCGACAAGCCGUCGGUGCCGCCGCCAAUGACGACGACGAAGCCGCUUCUCUUGCAGGCCUUGGAGCGCAAAGCUUUCGAGUCCAACAAUGAACCUGUUCAGGACACUUGCUCCUCGGCGACGACGAGAAGUAAGAAGCCCCGGAUCGCGACGCCAUCCCCCUUGCCGACCUUCAAGGUGAGGAAAGAGAAGCUCGGGGACAGAAUCACUGCGCUCCAGCAACUGGUCUCGCCUUUUGGAAAGACGGAUACUGCAUCGGUGCUUCACGAGGCCAUCGAAUACAUCAGGUUCCUGCACGAUCAAGUAGCAUCCCUGAGCUCUCCGUAUCUGAGGUGUGGACGCCCUGUGCAGCAGCUACAGCAACAACAGAUCAUGGAGGGCUGCAGUGAGGCGAAGGAGGACCUGGGAAGCCAAGGGCUGUGCCUCGUCCCAGUGGCGAGCACUUAUGCGGUGGUGGCGAGCGAGACUGCGCCUGAGUUCUGGCACCCUAUCUUUGGGGGCACAUUUCGGUAGAGACAGACAUGCAUGUAGCUCUAGGUAGAGAGCAUGCAGGGGCGUAGGGGGGGGGGGGGGCUUGGCCCCCCUAUGGUCCCCGAUUUUGCAUUGAAUAUUUAAAUUUUGAUUAAAUUUUUCUAUAAAUUAGCAUAGUUGACCCCUCUAAUAAUGAAAAAAUAAAUUUCUGGCUCCGCCUCUGAGAGCAGGUAUAUUUGUGUAAGCCAUAUUCUUAUGUCAGUGGUGUUAAAGCAAAAGUAAAUGAAAAACCUGACUGGUCACGUGUUUAGCUGGAUUGAAUAGAAGAAAUUCAAUCAGAAUAGGGGAAUAAGCCGAAAGACCAGGUGCACUUGCCUACACACAAGUAUUCUAAGGCUAAGAAGGAUAUAUUUGAUGGG